UUUUGAGUGGGCGUGGCAAAAUAUACUGAAAGCCUAUAAAUCCUAAAAGAAAAAUCUGAACUUCAGGUAAAAUAGGUGAGCACAUGCAACAUAUGAUUCUAAACUUGCAUGCUAACUUUUAUGGAGAUCUGACAAUAGGUGGUACUAUAACUGUUAAAAAGCUGUAAAACCAAUAUAUUUCCAAUGGUAAAUUGCAUGUAUUGGCUGUAAAUUGUAUUUUCCCUCUAUGAUUUAAGCAGUUACAUGCUUUUUAAUAAUAUGUAAUAUAUUUUUGUGCAAGUGCUUAAAGGCUUUAAAUCGCUUGAACCCCGUUAAUUGUUGCUUGCAGCUAUAUUUUUUUGUUGGUUUUUUGUUUGUUUGUUUGUUUUUUCACACAUUGUUACGCUUGCCAAACAACGUCCAGUCCAUGAUAUUUGGAAUUAAGGUGGUUUUAAUAGUAUUUCUUUUUAAAUAAUAGUACUUUUAAUUGAGUAUUUCAUUAUUCUUUUUACCGAUGCCUCCUGAGUUAUGGCUGCAUAUUAUAGUUAUUUUAUACACUCAUUUUGUGGUUUGAGGUAAGAGGGGGAGGAGAUACAACUAGGGUAGAGAGUGGGUUUGAGUAUUUUGAUAGCAUAUCCUCACUCAAUGCUUGACCACAGGCUGUAGAUGCACCAUGAUUCUUUACGCUUUUCUUCUUCUCAUUGGUAUCUCUUUGGCUGGUGGGAUGGAGAGUGGUAUUAUUGGUGGAAAAGAGGCUAUACCUCAUUCCAGACCAUACAUGGCAUCUAUUCAGAUUAAAAACAAACAUCACAUAUGUGGAGGGAUGCUGAUCAGAAAGGAUUAUGUACUGACAGCGGCCCACUGUUUCAAUCGCAGUGACUACUCUGGUCAGGACCACUUGGAGGUUGUUCUGGGAGCUCACAACGUCAAGAAGGACGAGAAGAGCCAGCAGAGAAUCCCAGUGAUAAAAUACAUCCCACAUUCUAAGUUUGAACGUAAAAAUGAGAGUAAUAAUGACUACAGCUAUGAUAUCAUGCUACUAAAGCUGAAGAACAAUGCCAAGCUGAAUACAUUUGUGAAAGUUAUGCCUCUUCCUAAGAAAAAUGGAAAAACACCAGCUAAUGUUAAAUGCUACAUUGCUGGUUGGGGGUUAAUAAACCCAAAAGCAGUAGUGGGAUCAAAUGUGCUGCGGGAAGUCGCUCUUAAACUGCAGGAGAACUCAGAAUGUGAAAGAAUGUGGCAGCACUACUUCAACUCUGAGAGAAUGCUCUGUGGUGUUUCAGAUGGGAAACAUGCUUUUUGUCAGGGUGAUUCAGGAAGUCCUCUUAUCUGCAAUUCCAAACCACAAGGAAUUGUUUCAUAUACCUAUGAUGGUAACUGUGCAAAUAUAGAGUAUCCUCAAGCUUAUGUAAACAUAUCCUACUUUCUCCCCUGGAUUAAAAAGAAGAUUGGUUAAAUAAAUAAAAGACAAAUUGGGUUCCUACAUUAAAGGUGCCGUUUUUUUCACUUCCAGACUUAGUUUGCAUAUCUAAGUCUGUUAAUUACUUGUUCCUGCUGCAACUGUCAAAACCUCAGUGCAUUUGUGUUUAGCUUCAAUAUUCCUUAAACUGUCUGUUUAGAUGACCAGAUGUAGGAGAUGACAAAGAGAAAAAUGCUUAUUUAUGUAGUGGGAUAAACAGAAAACACCCAUUCAUAAAUAUUAUAUAAUAUAAAUAUAAAUACAACAGAACAAAAUACAUUGCUUUCACUGAGUGUUUUUUUUUUUUUUUAAAGUUACUUUAACUGUCUUGUGGUUUUGUGUGUGAUUGUUUGAUAUACACUGAAUAAAGUCUGUUCCUGCUA